CCCCGCCUGCCUGCCUGCCGCCACCACUCGCUCACUCGAUCCACACAUCCCUCCAUCACAUCUCCUUCGUCUUCUUGUCCAACGCACCACCACCACACAUACACACACAAAGCACACAAGCGUCGCUCGCCCGCGACUGCAUCGGCGCGACGUGCAUACCCCCUCUCGCCACUUUUCGCCACCACCUUGCAUCCUGCCCCCUCCCCUCCCCUCCCUACCUACCUGUCGCCGUCGCCGCUCCAGUAUCGGCCUGCGGAGCAGCAACAACGGCCUGACCACAUUGACACUACGGGCGCGUAGCAGCAGCUAGCUAGCAGCAUGACUCGCGAAUCGCCGAGCCUCCUCGGCUCGUCCGAGCUCCGCGACGUCCGGCUCGUCCCGUCCUCUGUCCACGCGGCCAACAUCGCCAUCAUCCACCCGCAGCUGCGCGACCUCGUGCUCCCGCUCGCGCGCGGCCAUGUGCUCUACCCGCGCGGCAACGCGGUCGAGGAGGCGCGGUGGCGCGACGCCGACGACGAGGACGACGACGGCGACGUGGGCAUCAGCGGCGGAAUGGGCGACAAGACGUCCCCGCCUACCGCGUCGCGCCGCGGAUACAGUGGCCAGGCAGUCGCCAAGACGCUGUUCAAGAUCGGGUUCACGCCCACUUGCCUCACGACCAGCGGCGCGAUCCUCGCGUGUGGUGGCCAGAAGGGCGAGCUCUUCCUCUGCGACCUGCCCACCGGCGACAGGGUGCAGCGCGCGUCGCCCGUCAAGCCGUUUGCGCUCAACUUGAACCUGCCUAGCCGGUCAAUCAACAACGCGAUUACCAUCCUGCCGUCGUACCCAGUUGGGUGGGCACGCCGCCAGGCCGAGGUCAAGAGACUGUACGGACAGCGCGAGCCGCGCAGGAGGGACAUUGAUUUCGAGGAUGACGACGAGUCGACCCUCCGCGACAGCGACGACGAGGACGCCGACGAUCUCGACGACGACAUGGACAUUGACGACGACAGCACGACCGGCGGCGCCCAGGUGCUGACGUACCCCAACUCGAUUCCGUUCGGGCACGCCAGGCGUAUCCCCAUUCUUGGGGGCGAUCGGAACCGCCGCUGGUCCAACACGACGAGCCUGUCGUCCCAGUCGCCGCAGUAUGUGACGUCGCACGGGAGCGGGCGGCACCGCUCGCCCGCGUCCAGCUCGGAAGCGUCGCGCCGGUCCCGCCUGCAGCGCGCCGACGAACCCCGCAUCCUCGUCUCGAACAACGACCAGACGGUUAAAAUGUUCUCGCUCAGACGCGUCGACCGCGAGCGCGAGCGUGAGCGCGACCAGGAAGCCGCGGCAGCCGCCCAUGCCAGGGCUGCACCGACGCUCGUGGACUCGCGCUACGCCGACUUUCUGAGCCACACCCCGCUGCCGCCCCCGCGGACCCUCUUCGGAAGUAGCUUUGGCUACGAUUCCAUUGGGCUUAACGAGGGUAUCCUGGCGCAGCAGCCCCAAGUCGUGCCGGAUGUGCGCGAGCACGGUCGCACUCGCCACACGUCCAACGUGGGCAACCUCCCUUACUCGUCCGGGGAGAGCUGGAGCCGACACCGAGAGCGUCCCAGGGACAUUGCGCUCUCGAGGGCCAGCACCCAGACGGCUGAGCAGCAGCAUCAGCAGCGCGCACUGGAGCGGGAACGGUCGCAGUCACAGUCGCAGGCUCGCGCGACCGCGGAUGGUAUGCUUCUCAACCGCGAGAUUGAUGACAGCGAGGUCGAGCCGCGCAAGCUCACACGAGUGGGCGGCACCAAGUUCAAGCUCGCCGUCAACCACUGUGGGUUGCCAUCACUGGAUACCACUAACCCUGCAGCAUCGCUAUCGCCCGAUCUCCGUACCAUGGUCACGGUCGGCGACUCGACCGAGGUGUUCAUCUACGAGGUCCUUGACGGCGGCAAGGAGUUCCGCAAAAUCGGCGUCUAUUCCGCCGCCACCGACUACGGCUUCAGCACCGCCUGGAGCAAAGACGGGCGCAAGUUUGCCGUCGCGAGCCAGGACGGCCAGGUAACCGUCUGGGACCACCGCACGUCCAAGCCCCUCGCCAUCUUCCACUCGUCGUCGUGUACCCCCGGCAGCGCCAGCGCCGCCUCGUCGCCCGUCACGUCGCACGCCAUGGGCGACACCGAGUCCGAGGACGAGCGCACCCCCGCGAUCCUCAUCGACCCUGUCACCGGUGACCCGCGCCUAGGCAGCAGCACGUCUGGGCGCGAUGCCGCCCGCGUUGUCAAGUUCUCCCCCGAAGGCAGCUCGCGUGACCUGCUCGUCUUCUCCGAGGAAAACUACAACAUUCACAUCAUCGAUGCCCGCACCUUCAACACGCACGUCGUCGUACCCGUCCCGUACGACCUGCCGCCCCCCGCCACGCCCGCGCCGCGCCGGUACAACCGCCACGGCGUCGACGGAGGCACGUGGGGCAUCUCGGGCGUCGCGUUCGACCCCACCGGCGACUGGCUGUACGCGGGCACGGAGCGGACCAUUGUCGAGUGGGAUAUGCGCCGCUACGGCGGCGGCGAGGGCGGGACCUGGGCCAUGGCGUAGGCCACCACCCAUCCCCAUCUACCAACAUCAGCACACUCUUAAACCUACCCAAACUCAAACUCCAACUAAUAGCAAGCACCCAAUUGCAUGUCACGGUGGGCAGCGCACCGCCGGCGAGAGAACGUAUCAGAAGAACAACAACCACUGGCCCCCAAGUCUUGUAGUGAAUUCCAAAUGUUGUGUCCUAGCAAGUUGUAGUGUGAUGCAAGUGUCACAUGAGAGCA